AUGGCUCUAAAAGGGCAGCAAGAGAGCUGGAUAUUUGAUAGAUUUAGGGCAGCUACUUCUUACUGCAGCAUUAGUGCAGGUACUUCAAACAAAAUAAUGGAGACUCAACCGCAGGAAUUGAAGAGAACACUGCCAUUAUCUUUAAGAAGAUUUCACAUUUCUGAAGAAUAUGGCUUCCUUCUGCCAGAGCCUCUGAAAGAACUUCCUGAUUAUUACAAACCUUGGAUGGAAAUUGCCAAUAAACUUUCUCACCUGAUUGAGAACCAUCAACUGCAUGUUCAUGUGAGCAAGAUGCCUCUCUUGAACUGCCAUUUCUUAGAGAGUUACCGGGAACAGCGCCUGGCCCACUUGGUCCUGAGCUCAAUUACCAUGGGAUAUGUCUGGCAGGAAGGAGAGACACAGCCCGAACAGAUUCUGCCAAGAAAUCUUGCCCUUCCUUUUGUGGAGGUCUCCAGGAAUUUGGGCCUUCCUCCUAUCCUGGUGCACUCAGACUUGGUGCUGGCAAAUUGGACUAAGCGUGAUCCAGACGGUUUUCUGGAAAUCAGGAACCUGGACACCAUCAUUUCCUUUCCUGGGGGAGAAAGUCUGCAUGGUUUCAUCCUGGUGACAGCUUUGGUGGAGAAAGCAGCAGUGCCUGGGAUUAAGGCACUUGUUCAGGCAGUGAAUGCCAUCCUACAGCCCAACCAGGACUCGCUCCUCCAAGCCCUGCAGCAGCUGAGACUCUCCCUUCAGGACAUCACUAAAACCUUGGAACAGAUGCAUGGUACAGUGUUCUCUGCUCUUUCAUUGAAGGUUCCACAAAAGCUGAGGCCUGUGCUUGGGGCAGGUGUAGGUAAUAAAGGCCUGGGAAUUGGGCAAUGA